AAUAUAUAUAUAAAUAAGCAAAACCUCCAGAGCAAAUUUAUGCAUGAAUUUUGAUUUAUGAAUUUUAAGUGUUUAUUCCUUUACCUGCGUUUAUUCACGUCCUUCAUUUCGGUAGUGUUUGUAAUGCGUGUUAAACACAAACUAUGUGCUAGCUGGCAUGAUUUGGUGGUAUAUUUCCACUCUUUAAUUGCCCCUCAGAGCAGCGCCGUCGCCUCGAUCUGCCCCCACCGCGCGCGCGAGCCGCUGACAGACGCGGAGCGACAGGUGCGACGGUGGAGCAGGUGCCAAUAUGCAAAUGAGCAGGACGGCUCAAACGCUGAUUGGUUCCACGAGAGCGGCCUUAUUGGCAAGCGACUCACGUCUACGUCACGCAAAGCCGGGCCGCCUAUAUAACGAAGGCGAAAGACUAGUCCAUCAAUGAAGUAGUAAAGAGAGGGAGAGAGGAGAGAGAGACCGAAAGCAUUCCCGACUGUAAUUAAAGGAAGCGAUUCCUUUGCUAGCGUCCUACCGCGAAGACCAAGAUCAGAAAGGAUCAGAAUGAAGUUUAUUAUUGGAAUAGGAGGUGUGACCAAUGGAGGCAAGACGACUUUGACGGGAAGACUCAUAAAGAACUUACCAAACUGUUGUGUUGUACAUCAAGAUGAUUUUUUCAAGCCCCAAGAUCAAAUAGAGCUCGGGGAGGACGGCUUUAAACAAUGGGAUGUGAUUACCGCCUUGGACAUGGACGCCAUGGUGAACACGGUUAAGGGAUGGAUGGAGAACCCGGUGAAGUUUGCGCGCUCCCACGGCGUGACCGUUUCACCCGCAUCUGACGGCUCGGACCCGGAGCGCGAGAUCCACAUACUCAUUAUAGAGGGAUUUCUUCUUUAUAACUACAAGCCUUUGCUUGACGUCUACAGCAAGUGCUACUAUGUCACCAUUCCAUACGGGGAGUGCAAAAGGAGAAGAAGUAUGAGAACUUACACCGUUCCUGACCCUCCUGGUCUGUUUGACGGCCACGUGUGGCCCAUGUACUUGAAACACAGGCUAGAGAUGGAAAACAGCGGCCAAGAUAUCCGUAAGUCAACCAAUCUAGCGUUAAAAUGGCAUUCUGUAAUCUGUAACUCGCAUGCACGAUUCGUAUCUGCAGAAUAUCUGGAUGGAAUGAGAACAAAAGAUGAGCUCUAUAACCAAGUUUAUGAAGACAUUCAGAACUCCCUAUUGAAUGUUUUAUAGCAUCUCCGGUUGGAAUGAAGAUGUGUGUGUAUAGAAUUGUAAAUAGCUUCUGCCACUAGACGGAUUUUGUAAAUAAAUACUAACUUAUUUUAAAACUGAUGGCAAAAGCCUGUAAUUUUAUAUUGCUCUAUGUAACUUUGUUUUAUUUAAAACAAGCAUUACUGUCUGGGAUGCCCAGAGACGAACAGUAUAUGGCAAUUAUGACUUUGUUUUCAUUUCACUGUAACCGAAGCUCUGCCAUCUUCAGUCAGAACAGACAUCGGUGUUGUGUUUUCAUUCUCAACAUUGGGACAUGCAUGGAAAACAUUGAACUUUUUAUGAUUGUAAUGUCUGGAUUAUGAUGGAUGAAUGUAACGGGAAAAAACAAAAUAUAUAAUCAAAUUAUUUAAUAAAAAUGUUGAA